GGAGACUCGGAAGUGUAAAGGAAGGUGCGCUUGCAACCAGUUUAGCGCGGUCAUCGCUGUCGACGCCUGCGUUUUUCUCUCUGUUUGGUCUUUGCAGAGGCCGUGUUUUAUAGCGCACAGUUUCUCCCUCUGCUGCGUCUUUGCAGAGGACGUGUUUGGUAGCGCACAGAGUUUCUCCCUCUGCUACGUCUUUGUAGAGGCCGUAUUUGGUAGCGCACAGGGUUUCUCCCUCCGUUUGGUGUUUGGAGAGGCCGCACAGCAAAAUGCGCAUUCCGGAGAUCUCACGCAGCUCCCACAGCAUCCAGGCGGUGUUGACCAGUGCCUCCACUGGUCUGGAGGGCUUUAAGUCACACGCAGUGUUCCAGGAGAUUGCGAAGCAGCUAGAGGAGGAAGGGGAGCAGUUUGUGAAGAAGAUUGGAGGUGUGUUUUCCUUCAAGGUGCGGGACGGUCCAGGGGGCCGGGAGGCCACGUGGAUGGUGGACGUUAAAGAAGGCAGGGGCGCGGUUCACAAUGACACCUCUAAGAAGGCAGACUGUACCAUCUCCGUGACAGACUCUGACCUGCUGGCGUUAAUGACGGGCAAGAUGAACCCUCAGACGGCAUUCUUCCAGGGUAAGUUGAAGAUCAUGGGGAACAUGGGUCUGGCCAUGAAGCUCCAGAACUUGCAGCUGAAACCGGGCCGGGCCAAGCUGUGAGAUGGGGUGGACGGAGUCCCGCUGGCAUGCCUUCGUCUCUGGCCCAAGCCCUGAGUUCAGGAGCAAUCGUAGGAAAGGAGACCAGACGUCUUCUCUGUAGAACUUCAAGGCAAACCCUUAGUGCAUCAUAUUCGAAUUUUACAGAACUGAAAUCACAAGAAGCUACAGCAUACAAAUGAGUCUUGUUACGAAUCACUUUUAAAAAAGUCUGACCUCUCGGAUGUUACAGAUAGGUGCAGCGUUUCUCUGUUAAUUUUGGUUAAAACAAAGCUCACUAAACUUUAAUGUGUCACGUCUGAGUUGAGCCCUGUUCAGCAGGAUACACUGCGUUCGUCAUGGCAACGUGUUCUCCCAAUCCACUGUUUGGUUUGGUCCUGCUCUGUUUUUGAUUUGACUGUCAUAUGUUUCAUGUAUGGAUUAUGCAAAGCGACCUUUAGUACAAGAAAGGUGCUAUAUAAUUGAUUUAUUAAUAAUAAUAAUAAUAAUAAUAUUAUUAUUAUUAUUAUUAUUAUUAUAAUAAUGACUUGUCUGUGUGGUUUAGCCCUACCUCUGUUGGAUCAGCUCUUCUGCUCAGUAGCGCAGGCCUUGGUCUUUAUCUAUAGCGCAGUAAUGGCAGUAGUGUUGGAAUCCUGACUGGACACAGGUGUUACUUUAAUUUCAGCACUCAGUGUGAAGGGUAAUCCUCUAAUCUCCUGUGAUCUAAUCCCGUCUAAUCAGAGGAUGGUUCGGUCCUCUCUGUGACUCUUGCGGAUCACCUGUUAAUUAUCUGAAGUUGAGUGGGUGAUCUGUGUAUGUGCUGUGCAGUACUGUAGGAUGGAACAGGGCUGUGGUCUUGACUCUGUCCUAGGGCAGAUAUCGGGACUCCUUAAUGUCUGUAGUAUGAAGUAACAUUUUAGGAUUUAUAACCUGUUUCUCUGAGGGAGUGUGUAUAUUCACACAUGUCUAUCUACACAAGACUUAACAUUUUUUAAAACUUUAUUUUACCUAAAUAAAUGUUUCUCAUUAACAGUGA